AUGGCAAACUAUCCAGCUCAGCGAAAGUUGGAUAUCGCAACAUGCCAGCCUGCCCCUCAAACCAUCACGUCCACGCUCACAAUUCGGCCGACGACCACGGUGACGGAAACCAUUCGCCCUCUUGCCGUCACCACCAAAGAGACGUCCACCGUCACGCUACUAGGGAAUCCUGCGGCAGAAUCCACCACCACUCUUACCGCCACAACCACAGUUCUCCUUGGUGCCACCACCAUCAUCGAUACAACAUCGUCUACCCAAUAUGAAGUCUCCAUUAAGACACAAACCCGGAUGGAAACCGAUACCGUGGUCUCAACGACGACGUUGACGACCACGACGACAGUUCCAUGGGCGGUCCAGACUUGUGCCCCUCGAACUCAACGACGCGUUUUCAAAUUUGGGCGUGGUGAUAGCCUUUUCCCUAACAAGUGUUCUUGCUAUCUUACCGCCACGAGUGGCGCUCCGUCUCUGCAGACGGUCACGGAAACCACCACCGAGGGCCUCGCUACGCAAACUAUCUUGGAACAAGGCUCACAGACUCCCACCAUUACCCGGACGGUCACCAUCACCGCGUAUCUGAAUGCUGCUACAGUGUCGGCCGCCGAGGUGACAGAGACGGUUACCGAGGCACGCACGGAAACCAGGCACAGUCUCACCACCGUCGUCGGCACAGAAACGAAGACAGUCACCUCAGCCGAAACGAGAAUAACCACAGAGACAUCCGUAACCAGUACCACUGCUAUUUCCACCGCAACUGCCGAUCCAUGCGCCGAUGCCCAUCGUCUAAGCGUUCCCGCCGGAACAGGCCUCUCAGGGCCAGACAUUGCGUUGUCGUUCAGCAACGAGGGAGGCAAAAGUGAAGAGCAGAUCCUGUCAUGCUGCAGGAGUUGUUUUGGUAAUCCCGGGUGCGUCUUCUUCAGAGUAAGUGACCAACUCUGUGAAGGCUUCGGCGUCCAGGAGAAUGCCACCAACCCCUGCGCCUCAAGUCGAUGUCCUCGGGGUCAACCGGCUCUGCUACAUCAAAGAGUCCAAGAUGGCUACGACUACUUCCUAGGCGAGUGUGGCGUACUGGUAUAA